AUGGACUUAUCAAGCAAAAGAACCCCAUCAAUUGUUGUAGAAGAAUUUCUAACUUUUGGCUCUAAUACAUCUCCAAUGACUAAUGAUUCUCCCAAGCAUGAAGAAGAUAAACAUUCACAAAACAUAAUCAUACAUGGUGAAAAACUUGAGAAUCAUUCUUCUUCGAACAAGGAGGCCGAAAAGAAGAAGGUUGAUUAUCAGAAUCAAAAUGAACAAAACAAUAGUGCCACAAUUACUUCGGAUAACUCAACAUUUAGUAAGAGCAGGAGAAAUUCCAGUGGAGCUUUUAAUAUUUUUCGGAACUUCAUUACUUGUGGAGCUGUGGAGACCAAUGACUCCUCCAUAAUUACCAUGAAUCGAACAAAUAUGCCUUCCUUUAGAGCUUCCAAUGACAAAUCGACUAGUUUGUUCAUGGAGUUUUGUGAAAGUGAGAAUUUUGUAGCGUCUCAACAAAGGUUAUUAAGCACUGAUUGGGAUACUCAACCAACUAAUGGAAGGAAAAGCUGUAACGGGGCGAAUGCUUCCUCCAAGGAGAAGACUGAAUUUGGUAGCAACAAAUCAUUUUCUGCUGCUUACAAACCUCUUAAGUACCCCAAUUGCUCGUAA